AUGAAAGGAAGUACCAAAGCCGCCCGUUUCGUCCACUACCCGAGGCAGAAGCGUCUAACUCUAAACCGCAGAAGUCAUCGCACACAGUUGAUGUUCCAAGCCUUCGAAGACGACAACGUACUAAUGAUAAAACAGUUGUUCAAAGAAGGCGGACUGCUCAUCAACGCUCGUUCACUUGAAGGCGAUAUAACCCUUCUACACGCCGCAGUUAUAGGCUUCAUCAGUUAUCCAGCAGUCAUCCGGCGGCUCGUUAAAGCCGGCUGCCACAUCGACUCUAAAGACUUCACAGGUGAGACUGCCCUGGAAAUAGCCGUCCAGUAUCAUCGCGUACCCGAAGCUAUUCAGUUGAUAAAGCUCGGUGCCAAUGUUCACCUCAAAAAUCUGUUUGGUGAAACUCCGUUGCAUUUCGCCGUCGCCAACAAGAGUCAUGUAGACACACUGAAGGACAUGAUACCCAACGGCAAGCAAUACAGCAAAGUGGACUUCUACGGCUUGAAGUCUCUGAAUUGGGCCUUAGAGGCCAGGAGCAACUCGUUAAGUGCUGCUAAACGCUAA